AUGUGCCACAGUUGGACUCCAACUAGUAUAAACUUAAUUUACUUUUCCCAUCACAACUUUGCUAUAAUCGCACUCUCCAAUUUGGUAUUUUGGCUUCUACAGCAACUACCUGUGUCCAUCGCCUCAGGAAUGUUAAUGAGGAUGUCAGACAGACUGGGACACACUGCAAGGUGCAGGUCAUCAUACAUCUCGAUAGAGGAAUCACAGAAUUUCCAAGGUGCAAAGAUCUUUGAAGAAAUCUAUAAAUUGUUAUGGGAGUUAGGAGAUGAAGAAAAGAUACAUGGAGAUACAUAUUAA